AUAUUUCUGUACUCUGAAUUUCCUUGGACAGCUAUCAUAGAGGAUGAGUAUUAUUUAGCAGGGAAAAUGAUUGCUGUGUCCAUUGUACAUGGUGGCCCAGGUCCCAAUUUUCUGUCACAGGAUCUUGUCAGCUACAUCUCAGGGCAGAGCAGUUUCAAGGCAUCUGUAGGAGACAUUACAGAUGAGGACAUAGGGAAAGUCCUACAAGAGAUUCAGAAUGCACCCUCAUUGGAAACCCUUCAGGACUUGAUGGUACAGAACAGCGCCAUGUUGCAGACUGCUGGGUGCUUCAGGCAUGUCAGGUCAUGUGAAGAAAAAAAGAUUGUAGAGGAGUACCUGAAGUGGUACAUCAUCCACAGGAACAGCACUGCAAUCGAGAGAUUCAAGGCUGGACUUGAAAGUCUGCAGUUUCUGACAGCUCUGCAGCAGCAUCCGACGGUCCUGACCUGUCAUGCCGAUGUGAAGCUGUCGGCUGCAGAGAUGGAAAAUCUGUUCCAGCCUGAACUAAGUCAACAGGGAAGCAACAGGAGGGCUCAGAAAGAGAAAGCUAUGACUUACUGGGCAGACUAUCUUCUUGAUUGUGAAGGUUACUCAAUUUGCUCGUCUGAUUUUAUACACACAAAUUAUGAAAAGUUCCAGUGUUGAUGUAGAUAGUAUUUACUGUCAGUUGAUUUCAAUGCUUUCUACUUUUAGAAGAUGACAGCUCUGUGACCUUGGAGGAGGUGUUGAUGUUUGCUUUAGGUGUGCCAUGUGUGCCUCCUGCUGGUAUGAGUCCUCUGCCACGCCUUCAAUUCCUGUGUUGUACAACGUCAACAUUCCCAAUGGCGAAUACCUG